AUGGGAAGUUGUUCUCGACCACAACUCCCGUUCUCUCUCUCUUACCACGCCGCUCAAAGACGCAUUGGGUUCUCCCCGGCGCUCCACCAUCACCAGUUUGGAGACAGGCACCGCGCUGGGAACAGCCGUGUUACACCACGGCCCGCUCAGCAAACAUCAGCAGCUGACCGGCUAUCGCCCACCGUUUGCUGGAUCAUGAUGUUACCCCGUUCCCCGGACCUGGAAGCAGGAACAAAACGGCGAAAGACAACUAAUCGCCCAUAUCCUCGCUCGGGUCCGGCCAAUGCCCCACCCGCAGGCCUAUCUCGCAAAAAUUUUCACCACGCCUGCCGAGAACUACGUAUACGCCGGUCGCGCAGCUGGUUCCUAGCACUUGUUUGUUUACUCUUGAUCACUCUUCUCGCGUCGAAUGGCCUUCCUCUUCUAUCCGAGGGAAUACCAAGAAUUCUUCUGCCGUGGCUGGACGCGCCCAAUCAUGACGAUCAGGACUAUACUCGUAGCGUCUAUAAGCCAAGGAAGGAAGAUUUGGACUUGGGCCCCACCCAUACUCGAGGAAAUUUCGCCUCUUGGCCCUUGGAAUCCGACUCAAAGCCCGAAGUGGAUCCUCGGAGCGCUCGCUGCUUCAUCGCCUACUUGCCACACUCUGGAUUUAACAACCAAAGAAUCGCCUUGGAAAAUGCGAUGAUGAUGGCCUAUAUACUGAAUUGUACACUGAUUGCACCGCCCGCAAGACUGGGAACACCUCUCCCAUAUCGCCCAUCCCGCACGCUGGAACAACACCAUCUAAUUUCGGCAAAGAAGGAUCCAGAAGAGUGUUCAAAAUUUUUGGACUAUACUCCACCCGAAUGUCUUGGUCACAACCAAUUCACAUUGAUGCCUUGGGAUGAGCUCAUUGACUUUCAACCGAUUCAAAGGGACCUUGGACUGGAUAUCCUAUUCAUGCAUGGUGCGAGAACUCCUCGUGAGUUCUUGUACAACCUUGGCCUUCCUGAAAAGUCGAUCACAUUUCUAAACGACAGAGAACUCUAUCAGUACCGCAUAUACGAUACACAGCACCUGGACAACGAAACCAGGCCGAGCUCUAGGUACAAAGAUGGAUGGCACGUGGAGCAUCUACAAGGCCUUCUGAGCACUUCCCCCGCGAUCCAUUUUGGAACCCUUUUCGGGAGUGGGCGUCUCAGGUUACAGCGACCUGAAUAUGUUACCACCCGCACUAGGAUAUCCCAGGGUAUGGCAAUAUCGCAUGGCGCGAUACUUCAAGCUUCACGCGCCAUUCGUACAAGAAUCACCGAGUUCAGCCACGACAGACACUUAUAUUUAGCCAUCCACGUCCGAGUCGGGGACCGCAAGUUCAAGGGCACUGCCGUAAAGAAUGGGCGUUCCCUAUGGUGGCAACUCAUUACUAGACUUGGAAUCUCUAAAGAGACAGGUAGGGUUCUCGAGGAUCGCUUUUUGCAAAAGACUAGGAAGAGCAAACGGAAAAAUGCUAUUUUGGGCUCUUUGCCUGGACCUUUUAUUAAACCUUGGUAUAAUUCAAGUCAACCUUAUUAUCCCCACGAGCGGUGUGCUUCGCCCCAUAGGGACCUUGGAUCGGCAGCCUCAUACCUUGGAAUACCGUUAUUCAUCGCCACUGAUGCGGCCCAUCCUAGGUUACAUCCUUCGUUGGCUAUUUUUUAUGAAACUUUUCCUUGCACAUUCGUGCUAGGUGACUUUCCCGAUAAGAUAAAAUCCUUGGUUGCACUGCAUAGGCCAGGUGAUGUGUCUCCAUUCGGGCGAUUUCUAGUCCCUCUGGUCGAUGCCGUUAUUGCAGGUCAUGCGACGCAUGUGAUUGGAACACAGAAUAGGUGA